AUGGAGAAGCAAAUGAGUCAUAUGGAAGCUAAGUUUGAGGCUCAACAAAAACAGUUUGAGGUUUUUCUCGUUCAAAUGCGUGCAAUAGGUAUGUCUAUUCUCGAACCAGCUCACAAAAACACAGAUCCACUUCAAGUUAAAAAAGUACCUGAUGCAUCUAGUACUCAAUCAUCGAUGAGGAGUGAGUCAAGAAGUCCGGCAGUGCGAGACACAGAGUUCCAAGGUCAUUUAAGAGCAUCUUCAUUUGGUCAGGUUGAUCAACAAAAGAGAGCGAAAUUUCUGCCCAAGUGA